GCAGGACACCUAUGGUGGUACAAAGGAACAACACAGUUGUGACAAAAUUCAUCCUUCUAGGGUUCUCGGAUCAUCCUCAGAUGAAGACUUCCCUUUUUGUGUUAUUUCUGGGGAUCUACCUCCUGACUGUGGCCUGGAACUUGAGUCUUAUUGUCCUCAUCAGGAUGGACUCUCACCUGCACACACCCAUGUACUUCUUCCUCAGUAACUUGUCCUUCCUGGACAUCUGCUAUGUGUCCGCUACAAGCCCCAAGAUGCUUUCAGAUAUCAUCACGGAGCAGAAAACCAUCUCCUUUGUGGGCUGUGCCACACAGUACUUUGUCUUCUGUGGCAUGGGGCUGACUGAGUGCUUUCUCUUGGCCGCCAUGGCCUAUGACCGCUAUGCUGCCAUCUGCAACCCGCUGCUGUAUGCGGCCCUCAUCUCCCACACGCUUUGCUUAAAGAUGGUGGCUGGCGCCUAUGUGGGUGGGUUCCUCAGCUCUUUGAUUGAGACAUCCUCUGUCUAUCACCAUGAUUUCUGUGGGCCCAACAUGAUCGACCAUUUCUUCUGUGAUCUUCCUCCGGUCCUGGCUCUGUCCUGCUCUGAUACCUUCACCAGCCAGGUGGUGAACUUUAUUGUGGGUGUUGUCGUUGGAGUGAUAUCUGUCCUUGUGAUCCUCAUUUCUUACGGUUAUAUUGUUGCUGCUGUCCUGAGAAUCAGCUCAGCUAAAGGUAGGACCAAGGCCUUCAGUACCUGUGCCUCUCACCUGACGGCUGUGACCCUCUUCUAUGGUUCUGGUCUCUUUGUGUACAUGCGACCCAGUUCCAGCUACUCCCUGAACAGGGACAAGGUGGUGUCCAUAUUCUAUGCUGUGGUGAUACCGAUGAUGAAUCCCAUCAUCUACAGUUUUAGGAAUAAGGACAUUAAAAGUGCCAUAAAAAAAGCUGUUCAUAUGGACAAUGGGCUUUCUCAAAGGCAUUCAUUUUUUUGACUUUGGGCUAAUAUUCACAGUAAAGCCAUGAGCUGGGUC